AUGGUUGUCCAUAACGUCCGCACUGCCGAGGAAUGGAAGGAGACCCUCAAGGAACACAACGUUGUCGUUCUUGAUUGUUUUGCCACCUGGUGCGGUCCUUGCAAGGCUAUCGCCCCCCUCGUGGUCAAGUACGUCCUCAACAUCUACAACGGUCACAAGCACUCUGAGAACGCGGACUUCAAGGGCAUUCGCUUUGUCAAGAUUGAUGUCGACGAGGUCCCCGACGUGAGCCAAGAACUCGGCAUUCGUGCUAUGCCUACUUUCAUGAUUUUCAAUACGCAGGAGAAGACUCAGGAAAUCGUCGGGGCCAACCCCCCUGCCCUCGAGAAGGCCAUUAUAGCGCUUGCCGCAACUCCCGAGGCAAAGCAAGCGAAGGCGCAGAUUGAGGAGAAGGAAAAGGCUGCCGCCGCAGCUGCCGAGGAGCCGAAGCAGGAGUAA